UCUUUAUUUUGUUUUUGUUGUGAUUGCUCUGUCCGACGUGGAACGAUCUAUUUUUAUAUAUCUUUUUCGACUUAUUUUGGAACCCCACGGAUUCUAGACGGCGUAGCAUAUAUAUUUGCCAUACUAAUGGCAUUUAUGUUACUCGGUCGUUAAUCGUUUCGUUAGGCAGAGAGUGUUUCCUACAUCACAUCACAGCGGUUGCAUUCGAAACUCUAGCAAUUUAAAAUAUAAGACACCGUGUAUAUUGGAUACCGUUGACAUAUAGAUACUUAUCUUCGGAACAUAUAAACAUCGGACUCAAAACAUUAUGUAAUUUUCCUGAUUCGGCUCCAGCCUAUUUAUUAGUCUUCUUUAAUACACGAAACCAUUAUGGACAUUCUGGUUUUCCUAACGGCGGUGGCCCAUUUGGUCUACACCCCUUUUACGAAAGUGGAGGAGAGCUUCAACCUGCAGGCCAUGCAUGAUAUUCUAUAUUUGAGGGAUAACUUUACUCAGUAUGAUCAUCAUGAGUUUCCGGGAGUAGUACCACGAACCUUUAUUGGCCCACUGGUUGUAUCUAUGCUGUCUGCUCCGUUUGUCCUACUCUUUGAGACUCUGGAUAUUAACAAAUUCUGGGCCCAAUAUGUAGUGCGGCUGGUCUUAGCUGGAGCCAUCACAGUGGCAUGGAACAACUUAAGGCAGGCCGUAACGAAAAUCUAUGGCGUGGAGGUGCGUCUGUGGUUUACAGCCAUCACCAUAACACAGUUUCAUUUCAUGUUUUACAUGACGAGGCCCUUGCCAAAUAUUUUUGCCUUGCCCUUAGUACUCUAUGCCAUUGCGUAUUGGAUGCGGUACCAGCACAAGCCAUUUAUCAUCUGCUCUGGCAUCUCCAUCCUAGUCUUUCGUUCGGAAUUGGCUUUAUUCUUGGGUCUAUUGCUGGCCGUGAGCUUGCUACAGCGAAAAUUCUCCAUUGACAGGCUUUUGAAAAUUUCACUGCCGGCGGGCAUUUGCAUUUUGGCUGCGACUGUGUUGGUAGAUUCAUUUUUCUGGCGGAGACUGCUGUGGCCUGAGGGGGAAGUACUCUGGUACAACACAAUUCUCAACAAAAGUUCCAAUUGGGGCACGUCGCCCUUUUUUUGGUAUUUCUACUCGGCAAUGCCUAGAGCGAUGGGAGCAUCAUUGGUGUUUGUGCCAAUUGGCAUUUUCUUGGAGAAACGCAUUCGCCCCUUGGCACUAUCUGCUCUAGCCUUUGUACUUCUGUACUCCCUACUGCCCCACAAGGAACUUCGGUUUAUUAUCUACGUGUUCCCAGUUCUGAAUAUUGCUGCUGCUUGCGCAUGCCAAAGGAUUUGGAUGAACAGCGCCAAAUCAACGUGGCACAGUUUCCUUGCGUUAUGUUCUGGAGCUCACCUGCUGUUAAAUGUCUUUAUGACGGUAUUUCUGCUCGUCAUUUCGGGAACUAACUAUCCUGGAGGAGAAGCUCUUUCACGUUUACACCGCUUGGAGGUUGGCUCAUCCAAUGUAUCUGUGCACAUAUCGAACUUAGCCGCUCAAAGUGGAGUUUCGCGUUUUAUGGAAGUACGAGAUGAAUGGGCGUAUAGCAAAAACGAGUCUAUGAAUUACACCCAGGCAGAACUGGCCAGUUACACACAUCUCUUAGUAGAGGCCAAAAAUAAGCAAAAUACUGAUGUGUGGGCCUCGUUGCAAGAUGAAUUUGACACCGUGGAGUUCAUCGAUUGCUUCAACAGCAUUGGCAUACAAUACAACUCCUUGUUGCCAGUCCGAAUCAAAACCAAGCCUUGUAUUGGAAUCCUUAAGAGACGAAUUCCACCUUCUAAUAAGCAGAAACCCCAGGCAAAGCCAAGAAAGGAAAAGGUUACAAAACCUGAAGCUGUAGAAGAAAUUAAAACUCCUCCAAUCGAAAAAAUUGCUAGAGAUAGCAAUAAGUCGGUAGUGGAAGCUAUUCUACCCGUAGAUGUGGAUGAUGAUGAUGGUAUCGUGGCGACCGUUGAGGAGAUGUCCCUGGAACAAGACAUAAACAGUGAAUAUGAAAAAGUAGUUGAACCGGAAGUAGAAUCGAUUGAGACGCCAGCCAAGGAAAUUAAUUUUCAGGAAUUACGAAAUUUAGCCAUGGGUCAAACUACAAAAACAUCUCGAGCUGCAACCAAACUAAAAAUACGAAAGAUUAUUGAGCAGCACUACCGAUCCAAGGGCAAGCAAAUCGAAAAUGAUUCUGCGGAACGGUCGCCAAAGAUACCAGGUGGAACUGCUGGACGUCCUGGCGUGAGACAGUCUGUAAAGGCCAUUAUAAAACAAGAGAAGAUUAAGGAGAUGAUCGAGCAAAUUUCUACUAUGGACCUUACACGCAUCUGCGACUUGGAGAAGACAUCGACAAAGGACUGUUUAAAACAGGUCAUUGACAAAAUUGACGACAGCGAGAAUGCAAAACUGAAAUAAAAAGCCUGUUUUAACCUAAGAAUAAUGAUAUUGUAAAACAGUGAAAUAAAUAAACUUUUUUUUAAAUAA